UAGUGGAGGCAAAAGUUGUCAGAUAGUUGUCUCAUGACAAGGCCACUACAACUCUACGGAUGUGCCUGCCAUCCAUUUACACUAGCCUUGAGCGUGAAGCCGAGGAACGCAAUGACGCCAGGGCCGCCGGACUGUCUGUUUUUACACAGGACUACCGCUUCGUUCUGGCAAUUCACAUGAUGUGUGAUGUUUUACCCCAUCUGACAGCAUUGACUUGUGCCAUGCAGAAGAGGGACGCUGUAUGUGUGACAAUUAAGCCUCUUGUCAAUGUAACUAUCUCCAUCAUCCAAGGAAUGAAAUCCCAGUCGGCUGACAAUUACAAAGACGCUCCUGUCAGGGUUACCCAGCUUAUUGACGAUGGAUUCUGAAAAAAGUCUCCUUCCGAGGAACAUCUGACAGCAUUUCAUGAAAAGGUGAGUGAGAAAGGGAUUCACAACUUAGAUA